GUAUAGGUUUAAGUAGGUGAAGUUAUGACGUUCUCCUUUGUCUUCUGCUUCUUUUUCCAAAAGCUUUAAUACAAAUACAGAAUAGCAAUCAGAUUCAGAGGGAAUUUAGCCCAGAGUCACAAUAUUCUCAUCAGCAUCUGGACUUUGAAGAGACAUUGUUGUGGCUUGGGCCAAUUCAGAAGGAAACAACACACUGAUUUGGAUGAGCUCCGUCAAGUUAUUUCCUGGAAAGAGGCUGCGUGAGAGAGGAGGGGAAACGACACAGCAGUAAGAAAGAAACUUUGUUGCAACAUUGCUGUGAACUUAGCAGCGUCGUUCCCAAACUGUCCUGUUAGAAGCGGCUCGACCAUGCUCCAGACGCAGAGCUGCUCCCUGUGGAAAGCUUCCUUCUUCAGCCCUCAGCUCUGCUAUGAAGCCAUAUACAACAGCACUGGCGGAAUUCACACUUUGAUCCCGGCGAAAUUCAACUUUUCCCCGUUCAGGAGAAGUGUGACAGACGCGAGCAGUUCGCCAUGUCUCCAGUGUAUGAGCAGUCCAGGUUUUAAUGACACUGGCAGACCGCCAUGGAGACGAGGUCCUCGACUCACAACUAUGCACUUUCUCAAACGGACACGAGUGUUUGUAAGAGGGCUCAGCACAUCAAUCAGAGCCUGUCAGUAUGAUCUGAAAGCUGACAUGCCGAAGCCUGGAAGCCAGAAGCUCUUUUUUGAUACCCAUUCAGUAGUGCGACUGCUGGAAGAAAAUGUGUUUUUCCUGUGGACAGGUUUCAGCACUCAGCAGGCUGAGGUCAUCGUCAAACUGCUGGUGAGGACCACCAACUCCAACAUGGAGGCCAUUUAUAAUGACAUGGUGACCAAGGUGCAGCAGGAGAUUGUGUUGCAGCGGGUGAUGUCUCACAUAGCAGCAGUGAAGAAGGACAUGAUCAUCCUCGAGAAGAGCGAGUUUUCUACUUUACUGGCAGAGAAUGAGAAAAUCAAGAUCCAGCUCUUGCAGCUGAAGGUGCAGCUGGCUGAUGUGAUGAAUAAAGUGCGUUCAGACACAAUUUUGGAUAUGAAUUUGGAGAAAAGUCAUGUGAAAGAAAUGAAAGCAGAGCAUGAGAAGAAGCUGCUAGAAACACGAACUGAGAUUAUGGAAAUGACUGCAGAGCAGGAUCGUCACUUGGCUCAGACCAACAUGAAAAUAGACACUGAAGUGGCUGGUUUGAAAACCAUGUUGGAAUCUCAUAAACUGGACACUAUCAAAUAUCUGGCAGGUUCAGUUUUCACCUGUCUCACUGUGGUCCUUGGUUUCUAUCGCAUUUGGAUGUGAUCAAAAUAAUCAUUGAUUUAUGAUCAAUGACUGUGAUUACAGCUGUAUUUUCACUGUAGCCUCUGAACAGAUCUCUCACAUUUGGUCUGAAAAUUGCAGUUUCUCUUCUCCUGUUGCUGCAUUUCAUAUCAGAUCUGUGUAUGAGAUUGCUUUUAAAGUAAGAGGCUUAGACCUUCAGUUACUGAGCCUCCAUUCAGUCAGUUAUUCAGUCUAACUUAUCUUGAUUUUUUCAGCACUUGCUCUGGCUCUAGAUGCAGCCUCUGCAUGAAGUGUUUGUGUGGGUGAUUUUCAUUUGUAUUCCACCACAGCGUUGCUCAUGCUGCAAAACAGUUUAUCCCCACUUUCAUGCAAAACCUCAGGAACUUGCAAUGUGCACUUUUUAACAGUUGUUUUUAUUGGUAAUUGUAAAACACUCCUGUCAGACAUGCCUGCUUGUUUUCAGCCAAAACAAGGAGGUGAAUUUGGUGACAAACAGCUCAACAUCUUUUGUUAAACUUGCAGGAAACAAGAGUUGGUCAAAUUUGUAGUCAUGUUGCCGUGAUCAUACAAAAUUGCAAGAUCGCCCAAAAUUCACAGGGGUUGGUUGAAUUUGCGUUUAUUGUUAUGAUCACAACAUUGUGAAAUCCUUGAGGGACUGCUGGAGUCAAGUAUAAAGACGCACCAUCCGUCAAGGUUUCAUACAUAGCCUGUUCAUUGCAGUAUUUAAACAAAAGUAGACAAAAUGAAGCUGAAAUGGGCCUAAUCCUGAUUCACAUUUCGGAAAUUAUUAUCUUUCUUAUUGUGCCUUAAAAGGACAAGGGUUUUAUAUGUGCACUUCUGAUGCACAUGUGCAUUUUUGUGUGGGCUAAGGGCAAAGGAGUCACUGUAGAGGAAAUCAUGAAGAUAGUGGAUGGUAAUGUGACUCCUCUAACCACUCCACAUAUGAGCACUGAUAUAUAAACCUUAUUGUACUAAAGGUCAGUAACCUCAUGGUCUGUUGUUUAUGGAAGAAAUGUUAUAAUUUGAAAGAUUCUCAUUUGGUUGUUGUUGUAAAUAUUAAAAUUACAUGAAAUUGUCAAUAAAUGUAAUUAUUUA